UGCAUCGAUGGUUGAUAUAAAGAUACGACAAACAUCAUAAACAAAUUGGAUCUCUUUAAAAUUCACGCCUCAACUUAACUAAUUGUUAACUUUAUUUUGAACUUCUAAAUUUGUAACCAUUUGUAACCAUCUAAUCAGUAAAGUAAUUUUUAACUGACUCCACAUGUCAGUAAAAGAAAAAAAAUGAAAUACACAUUAUUGGAUAAACGUGGCCAGAAAUGGAUUUAAAAGUGAAGAGAAGAAAGAGGAGGUAGAAGAGGUGGCAGAUGGCAGGUGGCAGGUGCAGGUGAAAGAAAGCAGAAUUUGGAGUUUCACCCAUGGCCGCCACGCUACAAACUUGGCUCUCUCCUUUGGCAUGUCCGCCACGAAAUUACUCACUCAUCUCUUAAUCCCAAUCCCAUUAUUAUUAUAUAUAUAUUAUAAUACCCAAUUUCGUUUUCCUACAGCUUAAUUCUCUCUGAAUAUUAGAAAAUCAAAUUCCCUAAAUAAUAACAACAAUAAUAAUGUCAGGAGCUCAGGGCGCCCAGCCGAAGGAAUCGUUCACGGCAACCACUUACGAGUCGGUCUCCGGUGGAGAGAACCGCACGAGAACCGAUAUCCGUUCCCGGGAGGACGCCGGGAUGAUUCAGAUCGAUAAAAUUCAGGAUAAAGUGGAAGACGCCGCGGGGAAAGGCGGUCCGGUGUUCGGUGCUGGGAAAGAUGACAAAAAGCAAGACCUUGGAGUUACGGGCACUGGAUAAGACCGAAAAGCUACAGUGGCUAGCACUUUUUAAAUCUAAAUUUGAUCUUUUCUUUCAUGUACGUACUGUUUCUUGUAGCAUAACAUAUGCUUUUUUCUUUUUCUUUUUCUUUUUCCUUUGGUGAGACUUAUAAUAUGAGAUUUGAUGAUCAUAUAUGAUACAUGCUAGGUUUUUUU